GAAACACAUCCUGUUCAUAUCUGACUGCUGUGGCAGCGGCUCUGUUUGUUGCACUCGGCUACGCCCUGACUCUCACCAAAAACAGCCACAAAAACAACUGUUUCCUCUCUCCAUUGAGAGACAGGAGAGAAAAACUUCCUUAGAGCAGAGAUUCAGCUUUCCUGCUUCGAUUGCUCACGGGUCUGAGAGCUAUAGAAGAACAAGAACAGUAGAGAAGAUUGCCUUGGAAUACACCAGCCUUCCAGGACUCCUUGGAGAUAACGCUGCAUUUUUUGGUGGUGUUCAGAAUUUGUUUUGGCAAUGAGAAUGAAAUUCUAGCGUGUUUGUGGGAUGUUCUGAGCCUGGAGAACUGCACGAUUUCGGAGGUCUCGCUGCUUAACUCUUAUAUGUGGGUGUCAGCCUCUUCUCACAGCUGUGCUCCAGAGGGCUGAGGUACCCUGCAACGUUACCAAGAAUAUUAACUGAAGCUGUCCAAGAACGCAGCAUUCCCUACCUCAACAUUUUACAAGCCAAGUCCCAGAAAAAUGCAAGCCUUUCAGCUUGUCAUCAGCUCGGCUCUGCUCAAAGUGCAAGAAGGUGGAUAAAGUAUCACUUGGAAACACAGCAUUGUGGAAACGUCAGGCCUGCUCCUUUCAUAUGGAUUUAUUUUUCCUGCCUACUAUUUCUUUGUGUGAUCAGACAUACCAUAGCAGCUGACUUUGAGAAUGAAUGGUGAUGUUCUCUAGCCAUCCAUAACAGCCUCCUGUGCUUACCUUCCCUCUACAGUCCUAAUUCAAUGCACUACAAUUGAUUGGGACUCUUGGAUCUUGUACAACGAGUGUCUGCCAACAGUGGAUGACAGUCAGAUAUGACUGUCCAGAAACUGGUAGCCACAGCUGUGUUGGUCGCUCUGGUCUCACUUAUCCUCAACAAUGCUGCUGCCUUUACCCCCAACUGGGUGUACCAGACCUUGGAGGAUGGGCGUAAGCGCAGUGUGGGGCUGUGGAAGAUGUGCUGGCUGUCAGAGAAGGGAAAAGGUGGUGCAGGCACAGGUGCCAGGCAUGGGCAAGGGGCAGAACGUGAAUGCGAAUCCUUGGGCUGGGGUACAGAGCCAGCUGGGUUCCAGGAAUCCCGUAGCACAGUCAAACUGCAGUUUGACAUGAUGCGGGCCUGUAACAUGAUCGCCACCGUCGCUUUGACAGCUGGUCAGCUUCUCUUCAUGAUGGGACUGGUAGAACUCCCCAUUAUUUCUCAGGAUACACAAUUGUGGGAAGAAGCCAUAGCUGCUGUUUUCCAACUUGCCAGUUUUGUCCUGGUCAUUGGGCUGGUAACCUUCUAUCGCAUAGGACCCUACACUACCCUGUCCUGGUCCUGUUACCUGAACAUUGGGGCUUGUCUUCUGGCCACACUGGCUGCUGCCAUUCUCAUAUGGAACAUCCUUCACCGACGGGAGGACUGCAUGGCACCUAGAGUCAUUGUUAUCAGCCGUACCCUGACUGCCCGCUUCCGACGGGGGCUGGAGAACGACUAUGUUGAGUCGCCAUGUUGAGAAUGUUUGGGUGGCAGAGGGAAAACUCUCCAGAGAAGAUUUGAAAAAUGGAUUGCUUUCUAUAAAUACGCCAUUUAAUUUAAAUAUUGAAGAAAACCGUGACGUUUGCAUUUCCAUUAAAGAAGCCCAACAUUAUUAUUUGGAUGGGCUACAUCUAUAUAUAACAUGCCUCUCCCCGGUGUACAGUGUAAAAUACUAACAGCUCGAACAGUCUUGAUGGAAUGGCAGUCUAAAGAUAAGUGGUUCAAAUUUUGGCAGACAUAUAGCAAAUGAAAUUGAGGGAGGGGGGUAGGAAAUGGGGAAAAUGCAGUCCAAGCUCAACCUUUUACCAAAAAAAAAAAAAAAGCUAUCCUGUAAAAAAACCUCCAAUAAUGGAAGAACAAGCGCAAUGGUUUAGCUACAGAAGUUACCCUUUUCAGAACCAACAACUGAACAGUCUUAAAGAGAGAAUAACAGCUUGAUCUGAGUGACUGUUUUCGCUCACUAUAUAUAAUUUGCAGCGAUUUUGCAACAUUUACUUUAAGAGGAGACAAUCAUCCAAAAUUGUAGAUAUAUGUAAUCUAACCAUUGGCAUAAUUCUAUCAUUUAUCAGGUAUGGUGAAAAAGGGUUAUUUUUCAACAAAUAAUAACAAAAGAAUGAAAGUUUAUAAUUUUAAACGUGUCUUCUGUAAUAUUUCAGAACAUUUUACAUGCCAGUAAACUGUUAGCAAAGAGGUACAUCCUAAAGACCACCAUUGUGUAAUGUGCACCGUUUAACAUAUAUACUUACUCAAGACAAAAAUGUUUAGUUCCUCUUUCCCUUAUGUUUAAACAAGUCCAGUUGGCCCUCUGUUUUUUGGGGGGAUCCCUUCUGGACCACUCUGUGAAAAUGGAGGCUUGCACAUAUUCAAUCCUCAUAGGCUUGAAUGGGGUAUGCCCCCGUGUGCACUUGCCAUAGGAAAUUACCUCUCCGUGUAUAUUUGAGGGCGCGGAUCUCAGAUCUGUGAAUUAGGAGGGGUGACUGUAGUGGGAAAAGUGUAGCCUUCCAGAUGCUGUUGGAUUACCAACUCACAGCAUUCCUUGCAAUUGGCUAUGCUUGCCAGGCCACAGGGAUUGCAUUUAAAUAUCAGGAUGGCCACACAAUUCUCAACUCUGCUAGCCUAACCAAUAAUUCAGUUCAAAAUUGAUGACUGGGUAUUUUCAAAUUUUAUGCCACUUUGCUUUGGGAAAUUAAAGUAACAUACUAAGAUAUGAACUAUCAAAGGUAUUGGGAGCUUCAGGGACAUGGUGGGCAAUACUGCCUAUUUAGUUUAUUGGAAGGUAAAAAAGUAUUGUUUCUCAUUGAUUUGACAGGAAUGCAAAAAAUGAAAAUUGACCCAAUCGACACUUAGGUGUAUCACUGAAAUGUUCACUGUCAAACAAACAGGACAUAUAGAAAGAAAGCUAGGAGAAGCCGGAAGUGACAUUUCUGGCACAUGAAAGCAGAUUAUGAACAAGGUUCACCCCCAUCUAUUAGUCCAUGUAGCAAAACAUUUGAGAACCAUGGGAGAUGUUACUCGAUGCAGUCAAGGAACAUUGUUUGAUGGACCUGUGAGUCAUUUCAUAUUUAAUGUCUCUUUCUUAGAGACUUUUGUAAUAUAUAACAGUUUGAAAUCUGUCCUUUAUUUUUAUGCUUGCAUUAUUUCAUUUUCUUCACAAAAGAAAUUAUCAAGCUGGCUCUUGAUUUUCAUCACAAUUAGGUGCUAUAUAAGACACAUAGACAAGUUGAAUGAGCUUAAGCCCAAACACAACCUGGGCAAAUAAAGGCCUGCAGACAUUUAAUGUUCUUUUGGAAUUAUAGUUCCCAUUCCAUGGGUAUAGAUUAUCAUCCUGGGGCUUUUAUUUCAAAUAUAAUUUGCUAGCUUUUGUGGGUUGACUGAUAUAUUUUGAUACAUAUUGGUGAAAUAUCGAAACAAGCAGAGAAAGUAAACUCUGGAGCGAAACAGACGGCCUGCUAAAGCCGGCUUGUCAUCGGCUUGGGGGCAUGGCAUUUAGCCACGUCAUUCGCCCGGAAACCGUGCCAGCGAUUACAUGCUGGCUGGCUUCCGGACGAAUCGGGAGCGUGGCAUUUAGAUGCCAUUCGCCCAGGAGCCGGUGAAACGCCAGCUCCAGCAAUAAAGGGGCGCCCCAAAUAGAAUCUGGUCCCAAUCUGGCAUUUUUGGGUGGUCCGUUUCGCACGAAUUCCUUCAGACCAGUUGUGACUGCCAAGAUAUUUCUAAAAGCUAUCAAACUACUGUAAUUACAUUUCAAGUAUGAAAAACCUGCAUCAAAUGAUCAAAUAAGCGCAGCAUUUACACCGAAUAUUAUUUGAGAUAUCUGGCCCCAUUAAAAUGAUAUACAAAUUAUUUUAAAUAACUAGGUUGCAAUCCAGUCGGCAUUUUGUUAAGUUAGGGCCAAAACAGGCGGGCAUCCCGGAGCGUACAGAAGCUGCUUCCAGCUCGGUAAGACUAUAUAGGGGGUUAUAUAUUAAAAAAUUGGGCUUUAUUUCAGUUUGCCUGGCUUGAUUUUUGGAAAAGCUCUAUGUCUGCUGAAAAUUCAAUGGGUUCUAAUUAACUGCAAUUUUUAAAAAAAAGAUUUAAAAUAUGAGAGUAUUUAACACAUGUUAUUUCUUUUAAUACUGCAAUAACCAUAUUGUAAUAAUGUAAAAUUAGACAAAAAAUGUGGCUUUGUGGCCAAUUCAAUUAUAAUAUUUGGAAUCACUGUGUUUAUAUUAGAAAUAUAAAUAAAGUUGAGAAUGUUCAACUGCCUCAAAGAAGAAA